AUGGUGGCGACCCUAAUUGCCAGAAUCAAGUAUACUUUUGGUAUCUCCCUGCGCGCCUCAAUGCUCUACAAGAAGAUAAUACUAGGGAGUCUUACCUGUCUAUUAACAAGCCUACAGCAAGAGGAAAAAGCAGAUCUCCUAAUACAAGCAGACAAGCAGAAGGCCAGUAUUAUUUUCCACCUAGGGGCCAAGGUAAACUACCUGGCUUCUUACUCUGCGCAUUGUAAAGACAAUGUCCUAGGAAUAGUCAAUAUCCUCAAAUUUGCGGCUCACAAGCGCACUAAACAGACCUACUAUACCUUGACAAUAGCAGCCUACAGCCCAACAGGCUUUGUUUCAGACACAAAAUUCCUUCCUGAGGAUACUUGCCCAGUAUCUCACAGCACAGCUCUCUCCUAUAACACAGGCUAUGUACAAAGCCAGCUUAUAGCCGAGGCUAUUGCCUGGAACACUAUUGACAAUGGCCUCCCCAUCACCAUCUACUGCCCGGGGUUUGUCCUAGGCGACAGCAGAACGGGCGCCUGCAACCCCGACGAUUUUAUUAGCCGGGUAUUCACUAGCUGCAUGGAGCUGGGCUCUUACCUGCUUCUUCAAAGCCAGCGCAAGGAGUUUGUUCCUGUAGACUUCGUUGCCAAGUCCUUGCUGCAUAUUUCUAAAGAGCCGGGAGAAAAUCUUGGCCAUGCUUUCAUCCUCAUUCACCCAGACCCAAAGAGCACGAUUGAUAUGUGUGCGAGUUUUGCCCUUCUCAACCAUAUCAGUCCUUGCUCUAUGCACGGCGUGCCUUAUGCCAGGUGGGUACAGUCUUUGUCCAUGCGCUCUGCAGAUCCAUUAUACCUGCUUAUGCCGAUGUUGAGUGAAACAGUCCUAGGCGAGCGAACGCGGUGGGAGCUAUACGAAGGAAUGGCCGAGUAUGGCCGGGGCAAUCUGCAUCGUGCUUUAACAGGAGCUCCUGAUAUCCGCGAUUGCAUUGAUAUAGAUCAGCUCUUUGAGCAAUGCUUGAAGAUCUGGUUAGCCCUGGUUGAUAGAAAUAGAUUGUACGACCUACCACCAGACCAUGGGGCGAUGCUAGAGGGAAAAUAG